AUGUGUAUCCUACUGACCACGAAUGCUAACAAGGACUAUCCCUUUGUUCUUUUAUCAAACAGGGAUGAAUACUUCAGAAGAGCCACCCAACAAGCUAGUUUCCAUGAGUACAACCAUACAAAAGUUUUAUCACCAUUAGAUAUGGCACGUAAGGAUCAUGGAACUUGGUUAGCCCUGAAUCCCGAGAAUCACAAGUUUUCUAUAUUGGUCAAUUUCAGAGAAGGUAUCAAAGAUGUUAUAAAUCCAGUAUCUCGAGGUGUUUUACCAUUGGAUUAUGUUGUUUCCGAUAGUGUUACGAGGAGUCAAUUUUUGAAUGAACUAAGUACUAAUUAUAAUGACAGUGAGUUGUUAACAAAGAUUGGAGGGUUUAACUUAUUGUUUGGAGAUUUGAAGAAUAAUUCAUUUGAUAUUAUUUCUAACAAGAAUAACUCAGAUUUCAAGAUCUUUACUAGAAAGAAUGAAUAUCAUGGAUUAUCAAAUUCUUCGUUUGAUGAGCCUUGGGAAAAAGUUAAAUCUGGUGAGCAUCUUUUACAAAAAUUGACUGAAGAUUAUAAUAAGAAUGACUUUAUUGGGAAAGAACAAUUUGUUGAACAAUUAUUUGACUUAUUGUCGUUAAAUACAUUGGGAAACAUUACUCAAGAUUAUCAAGGAAAUUUUGAAAACAUUAGAAAUACUAUCUUUGUUCCACCUUUAAAAGUCAGGGAUUAUAAUAGAAAUAAUCUAUUGGCUGGUGAAUAUUACGGUACAAGAACUCAAACUAUUAUUUUGGUUGAUAAGUUUGGAAAAAUAUCAUACAUUGAAAGAAAUCUACAUUCUUCUGAUGACUUGAAUGAAACACCACAACUCCAAUCAUAUGAGUUUGAAAUGAAAUGA